UGUACGAAAAACCGGAGCUGGGCGGGGCUGGCUCGAAGAAAGCGAAGAAGAAGAAAAGAGAAAUAAUAUGGAAUAUGGAUACAAGAUGCGAGUGGCUUUUGCGAUCGCUUCUUUGGCGGUUGUGUCAAUCUACUUUACUGCUCGGUACCGCAGUCGGCGUAAGCGGAAGAAUCCGCCAAGUUUGUGUUACUUACAUGCCGACCCGAAGCCACAGUAUGCUUUUAAGCGAGUAUUAGCCGAUAACUCGUACACUGCGUUCAAGCACUUGAAGCUCAACAACUCUACCGAUGAGAGGGCUUCAAACUCCCAUCCUUUUGAGGCAGAGAUUACAGCCUUAUUUAAAGACCCUCAGCCUCAAUUAGAAAUCAGUACUGAGAUUGAGGAGCUGAAGAAGAAAGAUACAUAUGUUUGGAUUGAUACAGAGUUGCAAUUAAAGGAGCUUGUCGAUGUAUUAAAUAAAGAGAGGUUCUUUGCUGUGGACACAGAACAACAUACUUUGCGAUCUUUUCUUGGGUUUACAGCAUUAGUUCAGAUUUCUACACAGCUGGAGGAUUAUUUGAUUGACACAAUUGCCCUGCAUGAUUUAAUGGGCAUUCUUCGCCCGGUUUUUGCAAAUCCUAUAAUUUGUAAAGUGUUUCAUGGAGCUGACAAUGAUAUUGUCUGGCUACAGAGAGAUUUUCAUAUCUACGUUGUUAAUCUAUUUGAUACCUCAAAGGCAUGUGAAGUGCUGUCAAAGCCACAGAAAUCACUCGCUUAUCUACUUGAAACUUAUUGUGGUGUGACAACAAAUAAAUUAUAUCAGCGUGAAGACUGGAGACAACGUCCCCUCUCAGCAGCAAUGAUACAUUAUGCACAAACAGAUGCACACUAUUUGUUGUAUAUUGCAAAUUGUUUGAUCACUGAGCUCAAACAACUGGAUAAUGGUAUGCCUUGUUUGAUAAAACUCUGCUUCGAUGACAAAUUCCAUUUUCUUCGAGAGGCUGGUCGACGUUCCAACAUGACUUGUUUGCAACUCUUCACAAAAGAGAUUGAAGCUUCUCCAGGGGAAUCUGCUGCAUUAUCAUUAUUUUCACGAUAUGUGAGUGGUGAGAGUUCUUCAGUUUCGAGUGAAACUCAGUUUCAGAACCUUGUGAGGCGACUAUGUGCAUGGAGAGACCUCAUGGCUCGCGUCCAUGAUGAGAGCUUGAAAUAUGUAUUACCAGACCAGUCAAUUGUUGCUUUGGCAAAUCAGCCUCCGGCAAGUGACUCGGAAAUAUGCAGUGUCAUAGCUCAGGCUGAUAUAAAUAUAGAAAUGGGUGUCAAUUCCAUGUUCUCUUCUCCAUCUCCUAUCGUUGGCAGCCACCUAAGUGAUGUCUAUGAUUUGCUUACAGACAAUUUAGGUAACACCGAAGAUAUUUAUUCAGUAAUUCUUCAGAAGUGCCUUGGUCCAAAUGGGAGUUGUCCAAUUUCUCUUUUUAAUUAUUCUUUGUUGGUUAGCAGUAAUCUGAGACCUAUGAUAGCCUAUAAACACCAUAGUGUAAGAAACUCAAAACAAGUUUCUCGGAAGGCUUCUCGAGAUUUGUUUGUUCAGAAAUUCUCUUGUAAAUCUCCUGUUUAUCAUAAUUGUCGGAUUUAUGCUAAUGAUGGGCGGCUGCUUUGUUACUGUGACCGGAAGAAGCUUGAAUGGUACCUCAGUCGGGAUUUGGCAAAACUAAUUGAUGAAGAUCCACCUGCUAUAAUGCUUCUUUUUGAACCAAAAGGUCGCCCAGAAGACGAAGACAAUGAUUUUUAUAUCCAGAGCAAGAAAAACAUAUGUGUUGGCUGUGGUGAAGGAAAUCACUACUUGCGGUACCGGAUAAUCCCAUCAUGCUAUAGAAUACAUUUUCCUGAGCAUUUGAAAAGCCAUCGUUCUCAUGAUAUUGUCCUGCUUUGUGUGGACUGUCAUGAAGUCGCCCAUGCUGCUGCAGAGAAAUACAAGAGAAAGAUAGCAGCUGAAUUUGGGAUUCCUCUCUAUGUUCAGAGGGUAAUUGAUCCAGGACGAGCAUCUGAAGUAGCCUCUGAAGAGGGAGGUGUUUCUCCCUUGCAGUUGCGAACGGCUGCCAUGGCUCUUCUGCGCCAUGGACCAAGAAUGCCUCCCAAUCGCCGUGAUGAACUGACUGAGACUGUGAAGAGGUACUAUGGAGGAAGGGAGAUAUCUGAGGAAGAUUUGGAGAGAGCAUUGCUAGUUGGCAUGAGUCCACACGAGAGAAGACGAUUUGAGAAGAAGAGAGGAUAUUCAUUUAAACAUUUAAGAGGUGCUGCUAUGGAGACAGUACAGGAAAAUCAUGGUGAUUGCUCACCCACAAUGGGAGUUCUGGACAUCAAAUUAAAUGCUCUGGAUGGUUCUGCAAAUAAAGCAACAGGCAAUGGAGAAAGUAGAGAGCUUAUUACGGUAAAGGAUGAUGCUGGAAACCCCAAUGCAUCUUCUGACGCUGGAGUUAACGGAGCUGCCUCUGCUAUCUUAACUGAACAUGUGAGCACAGAUAAAAAUUCUGGUUCUAAUGAGUUAAGUACCUCUGCUGUAGAUCCCGAUGAUAGCUGUCUAAGCAGAAGGGCUCCAAAUGGAAUUGAUGACUUAUCUAGAGAUGAAGAGUCUGCUGAAGCGAAACAUAAUCCAAAACUGUCACUCUUAGGACAUGGACCACAUGGAAAGCAAGUUGUUGAACAUUUACUGAAGGAAUAUGGCGAGGAUGGCAUUCGUCAGUUUUGUCAGAGAUGGAGACAAGUUUUUGUUGAAUCUGUCAAACCACGGUUUCUACCUGCUGGCUGGGACAUAAAUCACAGUGGCAGAAGGGAUUUCGGUGAAUUCAGUGUCUACAAUCCGCUCAGACAGACAUCUGCUGCUGGCACGUGACUUGCAACGACCUUAUUUUGGGACCUCCGAUGCUACUAUUUGUUCGUAUUUGUUGCUCUACAUUCUUGCCACCUUAGGUUAUUUACAGGGGCGGAACUUUGAAAUACGAUGGAAAGUUGUACAAAUUUCUGUGUCCUAAUUGCACGUAUCAGUAACUUGAUAUGGGAACAGGCUACACCGAGUUAGGCUUUAGCAUCUCAAGUUCUGCCGAUUUAAGUAAAUGAGUUCAAUCCGUUUGUACUAUUUACAUAUAACCAUCUUUAAAUAAGCAU